AAUUUCUAGGUUAUAAAUUAUACUCGAAUAUUCAAUUAUUAUUGAAGACCCACGUGUAGUAUAGUUAACAGUAUGGGAAAGGUACAGAAAAGCAAAAGAAAAAUUCCAUUAACUGAACCAGAAGCCCAGGUAUUGCCUCCUCCAGUGAGAAAGUCUGAGGAACCAUUAGAAAAAAAGCGAAAAUGGAUAAAUAAACAAAGGGUGUUAAUUUUUGCAUCUCGAGGUAUUAAUCAUAGAGAUCGCCAUCUAAUGGAAGAUCUUAAAAAAUUAAUGCCCCAUCAUAAACCAGAAUCAAAAAUGGAACGCUCAAAAACGUUAUCUGUAAUAAACGAAAUGUGCGAAAUGAAAAAUUGUAAUAAAGCUAUUCUAUUCGAAGGUAGAAAGAAAAGAGAUUUGUACAUGUGGAUUUCCAAUGUACCUAAUGGACCAAGUGUAAAAUUUUUAAUUGAAAAUGUUUAUACUAUGGAAGAACUUAAAUUAACAGGUAAUUGCCUUAGGGGCUCUAGGCCACUAUUAAGUUUUGAUCCAGUUUUUACUGAAAAACCACACUAUGCUUUGUUGAAAGAAAUCUUCACACAAACAUUUGGGGUUCCCAAACACCACCCAAAGAGUCAACCGUUUUUUGAUCACGUUUACACAUUUACAAUCUUAGAUAAUAGGAUAUGGUUCAGAAAUUUCCAGAUACUAUCAGAAGAUGGCGCUUUAGCAGAAGUUGGACCUAGAUUUGUAUUUAACCCAGUGAAAAUAUUUUCGGGUAGUUUUAGUGGAGUGGCUCUAUGGGAAAAUUCAAAUUACGUUAGUCCGGCAAAGUAUAGAAAUCAAAUAAAACUUUCUGCUAAAAAUAAAUACGUGAAUAGGAUUCAACAGAAAGUACAUGCAGCAGCAACUCGCCCUACAGAUAGCUACAAAUUAAAACCUCUAGAUGAUAUAUUUCAAGAAGAUGUAUUAGAAAAAGUAGAGGAAUAUGAAAAGGAAAAAAUGACAAGUGAAAAUACAGAUGGUGUAUCCAAAAAGAACAAAGUUAAAAAUGUAAAAAUUGGAGCUAAACAAAAAGAGAAAAGUAUAAAAGAAGUUAAUAAAACAGUUCAAUUAAUUAAAAAGAAAAAACCUAUUGAAAAGGCUAAAAAUAAAAUAGACAAGAAAGGAAAAGCUGGAAAAAAGAUUAAAGUGAAAAUUAAUGGUUUUCUCAAAUCUAGUAAAUCUUAGGUGUAUACACAAUAUUUCAAAAAUAAAGCUUUAGUUAUA